GACAUGGUGAUUCUUUCAGCCAGACCCAAGGAACGAAAACUGAUGGAAGGCAUUAGGAGCAACUUGUAUAAGGGUGUCAGUUCAGCUCUGCCUGAACUUUCCACACUCAGGGUGGAUGAAGUCUACCAUGAUGUUCCAAGUGAUGUGGCUCCACUGAUAACAACUAUGGCUAUGGACAUUAAUGUUCCUCUGGUUGACUCUGCAUUUGGAAAAGUGCAAGAAGGAAGUGUGUUAUCCUAUCAUAUGCCAGCAAAAAGAGUUCCAAAAACCUGUCCCCACACAGAUGCUCCUUCUCCCCCACAGCUGCCACUUCAGGGUUACAGGCUGGGACCCGCUACCUGCUCUUUUGUCUGCACUGAACAUCAGCAGCACCACAUGAUGUCCCUGGAAACAACAUUAGAGAACGCACACAAAAUUGCCAACAGCACAAAAGAGCAGAGUUCCUGCAUCGAGUGGCACCAACUGAGGCGGCCCCGCAUCACCUCCUCCAAGUUCAGAGAGGUAUGUCACACCAGGGCACAGAGCUCUGCUGAAAAUCUUGCCAAAAGACUUCUGAGACCUAGCCAUCAGACUGCCGACAUGAGGAGGGGGCUUGACAUGGAACCUGCAGCAGUAGAGGAGUACUGCAGAGUAAGGGAGGUUAACCACUAUCCCUGCGGCUUUCUUAUCCACCCUGAUGCACCCUGGAUGGGGUCAUCACCUGAUGGCAUUGUGUACGAUCCAAAGGGGCAGACAGUGUUUGGCCUUGUUGAAAUUAAAUGCCCCAAUGUUGCAAGCUAUGUUGACUGCCCAUAUAUUAAGAUCAGUGAGGGCACACACACAUUAAGGAAAUCUCAUUCCUACUUUUGGCAAAUCCAGGGCCAGAUGUUGAUUUCUGGUUUAGACUGGUGUGACUUUGUUGUCUACACACAGGAGGACAUGUUUAUUCAGAGGAUUCCCAGAGACAAUGAAAUCACAAAAACAAUGAAAGUAAAAAUUGAUUUUUUUUAUUUUUAUUGUUACCUCUUUGCUUCCCUAAAUAAUUAGAUUCUGAUUGCCUGUCACACUUCUUUAUAGAGUGCUGUUAAUUUCUCUUUUCUCCAUUUCUCUUACUGGCAGUAACUCUUAUUAGUUCAAUCCAUUUCAAAAUAUUUGUACAUAUAUAUUGAUUCAAGUUUUUAUAUUUUUUCUUAAUUGUAUUACUAUGUUUCUUGUUGUAUUAAUACUAAUCUAUUAUUAAAUUACAUGUUACAUGUUCUUCCGAUUAAUUUUUUUGAUAAUUGGUUACCUAAAAAUAGUAUUUUAUAACUGUUGUUUGUAAAUUGGGAGCCCUAAAUAAA